AUGAAAAACAUGCCGGUAGAAAUAAACAGUUUAAUAGAGGGAUGGCUCGAAUUGGAAAGUGACCCGGGACUGUUUACUCUUUUGUUGGAGGACUUCGGUGUAAAAGGGGUUCAGGUAGAAGAGAUUUAUGACCUGCAUAAACCCUUAGAAAGUCCAGUUUACGGGUUUAUCUUUUUAUUUCGAUGGAUUGAAGAGAGACGUUCACGUAGGAAAUUCGUUGAGCAGAUUGAAAGUUUCGUGCGCGAUGAAGAAACUAUAAACAGUAUAUUUUUUGCACAACAAAUGGUCCCGAACAGCUGUGCCACCCAUGCGUUGUUGUCUAUAUUGUUGAAUUAUCCUAAUCUCCACUUAGGCGAAACAUUGAGCAGGUUAAAGCACCAUACACUGGGAAUGAAUCCUGAGAACAAAGGCUGGGCGAUAGGAAACACACCAGAGCUGGCUUGUGCUCACAACUCCCAUGCCAUCCCACAAGCUAGGAAGAAGGCUGAUAAGAAUGCUGGCGUCUCAACUGGACGCUUCACAGGUGAAGCAUAUCAUUUUGUAUGUUUUGUACCCAUAAAUGGACACCUGUUUGAACUGGAUGGCCUGAAGCCAUAUCCCACUGACCAUGGACCAUGGGCCGCUGAUGAAGACUGGACUGAUAAGUUUAGGAGAGUGAUGGCUGAGAGACUCGGUAGAGAUGCUGGAGAACAAGUUCAUGAUAUAAGAUUUAACUUAAUGGCUGUUGUACCUGAUAGACGCAUAGCAUUGACACAGAAAUUAAAUGCAUUAGAAAUGAACCAGAAAAGAGUUAAAGAAGCAAUUUCAAAGAUUGGUAAACAUCUGCGACAUUUGUUGUCAAAGCGCAGAGAGAUUACUGAGGAAGGAGAAUCACUCUCGGAAGAAAGUAACGAAAACUCCCUAAAUGAGAAUAUAGUGCAGAUCAGUGAGGAGACAAUACUGACUGCUUUAGAAUCAUCUCAGUUGCAGUUGUAUGAUGUAGACUACACUCGUCCCAUCACUAUUGAGAUUGGGGCCAACGAUCGGCCACAACAAGACAGCAGUAUUAUUCUAGUUGAUCCAGUCGAACAGGGUGCAGUUGUUAAGUUUAUCUCAAUCAACAGGGAUAAUCAAAUUGUUGGAGAUUUGUACCCCACAUCCAUAACCGCCCUAGUAAAAAGCAAUGAUGCACCAGUACUAGUCUGUUGUGAGACAGAGCCUGAUCAGCCAAUCAAACUCAGGAAGCUGUUAUUGACUCAUUCAGAGCUGAACGCUUUGAUGAGCAGCAUCGUGAAUGAAGUACAGCAAUGUCAGCAGGCACUCAAUGAUGAGAAUGAUAAAAGAGAUAUGUAUAAAGUGGACGACUGUCGUCGCACGCACAACUACGACGAGUUUAUCUGCACAUUCCUAUCAAUGUUGGCGGAACGUGGCGCGCUUGGCGAGCUAGUAGCAGCGCAGUUGGAGCGAGGACGAUCCUCGCGAGCUCGCCGUCGACGUCCUAGGCCGAGACCCCGAGCUAGACCACGACCUAGGCCACGAGCCAGAAAAUAA